ACCAUUGACUGUAUACUCUAUAUACCCGGUUGACAAUUGACUGUAUACUCUAUAUUCCCGGUUGACCGUAUACUCUAUAAAGGCGGUUGUUUACGUCGCGAUUCACUGGCUACAAGCACGAAGAACAAUAUCACAAGACCGCAGACAAUCCUGCCGUUCAUUCAGUCGUGUUCAGCCCUAUCAUUGCUUUGUGAAGUCGCUUUAAAAUUGACGCUCCUGGCGCUUUUGAUGUGUGAAAUACCCCCUAAAAGUGACCUCAAAACAAAGGAAGAGAACGGUGUCUUUUUGAAAACAUCAACAUCAACCACCGAUGCCGUACUUUCAAUUAUCUACCGAUGUUCCUCUUCGCCAACAUGGCAAUGCCCUACUUCACAGACGCAAUCUCAUGACGAUUCCAAGGGCAAGAGAAAAUCUCGUAGGAGACUAUGGGAAGGCUAUUCCGAGACCCGAACAAGUCGACCAGGGAGUUCGGCUGCCCCCGAUUGAUCUACCGAAAAGUAUACGAGCAAUAACCGAGUACAAGAAAAUGCCGAGGGCUAACCGAGCAAUGAUAGAGUACGAGAAAGAAAGGAGAAGUCAGAAGUCAGAAGUUUACAGAGACAGUGAUGAUCACGUGACGUCGGCUCUUUACAGAAAAACACGCCUAAACGACAGGGGGAUGCUGCUGCGCUCUGUUCAGGAACCCAGUGUUCACCUGUCCCGCCCUAUUUUCCACCUAUACAAGCCGGACAAUGCAGCCAUCUCUUCAGCACGAGAGCUACAACAUGGCAGCAAAGAUGUGGCAGCGGUCCGCUAUGCACAAGUCAAGAGAGUUUCGGCCAUCACUUACAAAGAUUUACAAAGAAAUGCGGGCCUAAUUGAUGUGUCUGCUCUUCGGACGGAGAAUAGAAUUAACGGAAGGACAAGAAAAUCUAACAGGAAAGAACAAGAGCGGAACCUUUCUCCAUUUCCGAGACCUAGCCGACCUUCGCCGAACUUGGAAGAGCAAGAAUCAAAAGGGGUCAUUUGGGAGAACGAGCAGGCGGCUACAGAGUCGACUCCAAAUUACGUCAGGAAAGCUUCGGGUCGAGGUUCGCUAGCCAAUUAGCUCGUCAUAGCAGUAAGGAUGGAAAGUCGAGACGGAAAGCGACACUACAAGAUUUUGACUCCAACACUACAACAAAUAAAUGAUCAUGAAAACAUGUCUCAUAGACAUGAACAAUCAUUGAUAGUCGAGACUGAAGAAAGAGCGAAUGAAAUAAUAGAUUCUGCGCAUGACCAGGGGGCAGAAACUACUGACCAAGAUACCGACACGUGUUCAGAUAUCACCAUUGACAUCGGAAGUGACGGAGAGAUCGAACAAGACUUCAUAUUCCACAAUGACUAUGAAAUCGUCAGGCUUGCAAGGGAUCAUGGUUCGCUAUAAGUGACUGUGGGGACUUGGUAGGGAUGUAUCAGCGAUGCAUCGCAAAGGGUCAUGGGUCUCAAUGACUGUUGGGACUAAGGAGGGAUGUAUUUGGGAGAUGCGUCGCAAAGGAUUAAGGGGAAAUACAACUGUUGAACAAAGCUAAUGCAGUCAAUACCUCUAUUACUUACCCUAUUUGCUUGAUUUUAGUAUCGAAAUAAGCGACGCGACGAAUGGCCAUCUUGCUUUUGUUCAGCAGCGCGGGAACUAGGAGGACAGAGGGGGUUUUUCCGUUCCCGGGCAGUUGCAAUUUAGAAUGGAGUCCAUUCGGAAAAAAUAGGUUGUAUUUGCAGAACAAAACAUACUUCAGGCAGUUAGUGACCAACACUAAAUAACACACGGUACAUGUGCUCCUAUGCUGUCAUUCUGACCUCUUUCACGCAAUACGCUUGAGCUCAUGCGCAUGGUGGUGUGACAAAGCUCAGAAGGACUGUGCAGGAGACUAACGGGACAGAGAAACGUUCGCGACACGACCGAGGCAACAUAACCAAGAUGGGGAAACCCGCAUACAGAAAUGACGCCUAAGACAUUGUAGUUUAGUUCUUAAAUAAUGAUAUAAUAAAAUCCACAAACACAAUUA